AUGUCGGACGUCGAGAAGAUGAUGGGAGAUUACUCCCAGCUCACCAACCACAACAUUCGCAGCUUUCUCUGGAGAGGAGUCUCUGUCUCUGUCAGAGACCGUCAGACUCAUGAAGACAAGCCCAUUCUCAACAACGUCAGUGGCAUCGUCUACGCCGGAGAGUUGAUGGCCGUCAUGGGACCUUCUGGUUCCGGAAAGUCAACUCUUCUCAACGUGCUUGCCAACCGCGUGCCUGCCAAAGGUGCUCAUGCUCAGUCAGAUGUCUUCCUCAACGGCCGUCCCGCCGAGGCUGAGACGAUGCGCAAGAUCAGCUGCUAUGUCGAACAAGAAGACGCUCUUGUCGGCUCACUAACAGUCAGAGAGACGUUACUGUUUGCUGCUCGCCUCUCCCUUCCCAAGAGCAUCAGCGCCAAUGAGCGCAUCGCCCGCGUCGAGGCACUCAUCAACUCUUUCGGUCUCAACGGCCAAGCUAACACUUUGGUCGGUACACCUAUAAGAAAGGGUAUCUCUGGUGGUCAGAAGCGCCGUGUCAGUGUUGCCAACCAGCUUAUCACCAGCCCCAAGAUCCUCUUCCUCGACGAGCCUACUUCUGGUCUGGACUCGGCGGCUGCCUUUGAGGUCGUCGCGUUCGUCAAGGAUGUGGCCAAGAAGCAUAACCCUUCCACAUCGACAUUCGCAAUGUUCGACAAGCUUCUCCUCCUCUCGCAUGGCAACACAGCAUACAGCGGACCAGUUAAGGACGUCCAAUCUUUCUUUGACUCAUGCGGCUUCCCCAUCCCUCUCUACAUGAACCCUGCCGAAUUCAUUAUCGACUUUGUCAACACCGACUUUGCUCAUAACAGGAGCGAAGUCAUGAGCCAGUUCGAGAUGGUCACUGGCACCUGGCAGCGCUCCGGCCUUCACGCCGAAAAGUUGAACACCAUCGCCCGCGAGAUCUCACACGGCGACCCUUCGCCCCAGGAAACCAACGAUAACGAGCAGAUUGGUGCUCACUGGUUCGCAAUCGUGAUUGCGCUUAUCCAUCGCAACUUCAUCAAGUCGUACCGUGAUAUCAUCGCUUACGGCAUCCGUAUUGCCAUGUACAUGGGUCUGGCUGUCAUGAUGGGCACUGUCUGGUUGCGUCUAGAUGCCUCGCAAGACAACCUGCAAGCCUUCACCAAUGCCAUCUUCUUUGGUGGUGCCUUCAUGUCCUUCAUGGCGGUCGCAUACAUUCCCGCUUACCUCGAAGACCGCGCCAUUUUCAUGAAGGAACGUGCCAACGGUCUUUACGGACCCACGUCUUUCCUCGUUAGCAACUUCCUGACUGGUCUCCCGUACCUCUUCAUCAUCACUCUGCUCUUCAGUGUUGUCGUCUACUGGCUCAGUAACUUCCGCGGCACGGCCGCCGGCUUCUGGACUUGGGUCAUGUGGCUCUUCCUUGACCUCAUCGCCGCCGAAUCCCUCGUCGUUUUUAUUACCAGCGUCGUUCCGAUCUUCGUCGUCGCCCUUGCCGCUACUGCCUUUGCCAAUGGUCUUUGGAUGUGCACUAUGGGUUUCAUGGUCCGCCCUGCCGACCUCAACCCCUUCUGGCGCUACGUCUUCCACUACAUUGAUUACCAGAGCUAUGUGUUUGAGGGCAUGAUGGUCAACGAGUUUGCCCACAGAAACUACACCUGCCCUGUUGAUAACAAGGGUAACUUUGCCUGUGCUUACGAAUCUCCUCUCAACGCUCAGGGAUUGAUUCCCGGCACUGCUUUGCUGGAUACCUAUGGCUACAAGACUGGCAAGACUGGCGAGUACAUUGGUAUCUUGUUGGCCAUCAUCUUGGUCUACAGACUUCUUGGCUGGUUUGUGCUGUAUGUUCGCCGCACUUGA